AUGAGCCCUGAAUCGAUUCUCCGAGAAAGCAAGUUCUUUGCUUCUGUUCAGCAAUCAGAUGAGCUGCGGACAGUGCCGGCUUAUGAUCCUGGUAACGGGGUAUUGUUCCGUCCUUACAUCAUUGGUGAUCCUUCUCUGCCAUUGUUGCCCUGGCUGUUAACACCGUUCAUCGCCAUUGACGAUGAAGUGACGAAUUUGGGGGAGAAAGAGUUCAAUGCACAGCACAGUAGAGGAAUGGCGCUGCACAGCACUGCGUUUGCUCGGCUCAGGGCCCGGUGGCAGCUGUUACGGAUGAAAUGGAGAGAUGACGAGGUCGAGUUUCUCCCCUUCGUGACCGUGAUGGCUUGUGUUCUGCACAACUUUUUGAUCAAUGCCAAGGAGCCGUUCCCCGAGGAAUGCCAGGAGCUCGGCGCUUCGCAGCAGCGAGAGCAGUUCCCAGUUUACAAAGGAGUCGUGGAUGAGAGGGCAAGGUGGAUCAGAGACAAGCUUGCACAUCAUUUAGGCAGGGCAUGCUUUGGAAGAAUGGUUGGUAAAAGCUCGGCUUAA